CGAGCGGCCCGAUGCUGGCCUGAGCCGACACCAGAACCACACCCACUCGAAAUCCUGCAGGUUGCUGUCACCGUGAUUGUUUUUGUUGCCACAGGAAUAUAGCAGGUUCAAGAUGACAGAAUACAAGCUGGUCGUCGUAGGAGCUGGUGGCGUUGGCAAAAGUGCCUUGACCAUUCAGUUGAUCCAAAACCACUUUGUAGAUGAAUAUGACCCCACCAUUGAAGACUCUUACAGAAAGCAAGUGGUGAUUGACGGGGAGACGUGUCUCCUAGACAUUCUCGACACGGCAGGUCAAGAAGAAUACAGUGCCAUGAGAGAUCAGUACAUGCGAACAGGCGAGGGCUUCCUGCUAGUUUUUGCAGUCAACAAUGCCAAGUCAUUUGAAGAUAUUAGCAUGUACCGGGAGCAGAUCAAGAGAGUCAAAGAUGCCGAGGAAGUACCCAUGGUUUUGGUGGGCAACAAAUGUGAUUUGCCAAUGCGUGCAGUAGACAUGGUGCAAGCAAGAGAGGUGGCCAAGCAGUAUGGAAUUCCUUUUGUUGAAACAUCAGCCAAAACUCGCAUGGGCGUAGAUGAUGCAUUUUACACAUUAGUCCGAGAGAUUCGCAAAGAUAAGGAACGCCGGGGGAAGGACAAGAGAAAAAGAACGAGAGGUGGCAGCAAGAAGAAAAAGUGUUGCAUCUUAUAAUGCAGUGGCCGUUUCACUAGCUGGCUCCAAUAAUUACAAUUAGUUAAGCAUAUAUUUAAUUACAAAAGACUUCGAUUCAACUUUGUAGUAGUGCGCUCACUGGUUUAGCACUCGGUAACUACUUUUUGAAAUCGAAUAUAUUUCCAAGGUGGAAAGAAAGCAAUUAUUGAAAAGAAUCAACAGUUUACAUUGAGCAAUGUCUAAUUGUCAUGUUUUGUCACAUUCGGUGCAUGUCACGAAAGCGCACGGUGAGCAAGCCAAAUUUUUUACUGAUCCACUCGUGAAACUAAAGCAGAUGGAGAUAUCAAACUUGUUCAAUCGAUCCCCAAGUGCGAGUGGAUUGCUUCUUCGUGGAUCGGUUUUAUUUCUCCGACUGACAGAAAAAGAGAAAAUUGUCAGUGCUGGGGGCGAUGUGGCUGGUAAAGAUGGAAUAAGAGUGCUGUUGUGUAAUUGGUUUUUAUAAUUUGACAGUUACGGUGGACCAAUUUGAAUAACUUGUAUUUUAAAGUCGCCGCCCGUGGUUGCCGCCGAGGACAGACCCUUUGUGAAAACUUUGCCUCGCCAGGCGAUAGUAAAAAAUUUGACACGUCUGUCUCGAGCCGGUGAUGUUUGUACGGCAACUGCGCGGCGGGUUUAAAAGCUUUGUAACGUAUUAUUAACCUAGCAAGCAGAACUUUUUGUCUGGCAUUUGAUCUGUCAUUCCCACUCACUUCUGAUGGGGAAGCACAGAGCGUUUUACGUUUAAACCGAAUUCUUCAAAAUUUGCUCGAUAUGGAUGUUUGUUCAAGUGUUCGAUUUGGUUAAGAGCUAUAAUAUCAAAUAACUCUCAACGAACAGCCCUGGCCGACCGCUCGGCAGGGCUAACAGCUGGAUUGGGAACAGUUAAAUUAAAAACGGCUGCUGAAUAGCAAAGUUUGUGGUCCAAUUGCCUAGCGAUUGAUUCUUGUAUGAAUGUGUGGUUUGCCUGUUGCAACUCCCGACAACCCCCCAGCACUCUUAAAUACGCGGACUUGGAAUUGAAAAUCGGCUGCGCGCGGAUAUGUCAGUAUUUGCUGAGAGGUCUCUCGACUCCAAUUAGGAUUAAAUUUGUUGCUUUCCAUUGGCUUUACAAAUUAUUUUUUACCUGACGUCAAUGAACAUUGUCAACAAUGGAGAAAAAUAAUGUAGUUUUUAAUCUUUUAAUACGUUCAGAUUUAUUUUUAUUAGGCGAGACGCAUUAGAGAUAUUGCUUGUUAUUUUUCUAUCGUGUUCUUAACGCGGCGACGGACAAGUUCUCUGUCGCUCCUCUCUUCUCUCUCUUUUUCUCUCUCUCUCUCUCUCUCUCUCUAAAUACUAAAACAGAAUUUGUUGACCUGUGCAGUGGAUUUCUAUUGACCGACAAGUUUGUUAAUAAUAAAGGUGGAGUAUGGUGGAGAUAAAUUCAUAUUUAAAUGCGAGAUUAUAAAAAUCUUUAUACGGACGUUGAUCCCUCUCGGAUUUUAGAUUGGGUGUCCAUGCAACCACAGCUAAAGAAUUCAAUUUUGAAAGUAUGUCCCGCCAGUGGUGUAUUGGCAUCAGAUUGUCCUCAAAUCCCAUUUAUCUACCUGAAGUUUAUCACAAAAUAUUGAUUAGCUAGUAGUAGUUGUAAGUUCAAAAUGAGCAAAGCAAAUGAUGCAAAUUGUUAAAAUCUUCUUCAUUAAAAAAGGAUCCUGUGAGUGCUUAAAACUAACUAGUAUUUUCAACGCACAUUAUCAGCACGAGGGAAAUAAACCCGCAUUGUGAGUUUUCCAGCGGUGAUUUAACUGAAUUGUAAUUGAUUGAUCGCAUACCAAAUAAUGUUAACUUAUGACACUGAUAUUGGAAGGUUUUGUUCUUUGGCGUGGCUAUGCUACGCCAAGGAUUUGUAUAGCGGGAAAGUGAAACAAAAGUCAUUAAGUGAAAGCCAGAGUUGUGAAUUUUCAUUGAAAUGAAAUUAACGUCAUUCUUUUGUGAAUCUUUUUGUGCUCUUUUAUGAUGGACGACAAUAUACAUUAGUUGGAAGAAAUUCUGGACAAAUGCUUCGCUCUUAAUUUGCAAACUCUGGUAACUUCUGUGACAAAAAUUAGCUACAAAGAUUUUGUUGAGAAGCGCAUAGGAACGACGCACUAUUUUAUUUUCAAGUGCCAAAAUGCAACAAUUCUUAAUAAAAUUCAAAUGUAUUUUCCUUUAUUAUAAAAUAAAUUAAAAGUUACAAAUGA